AUGGAGGGUGUGAAUGAUUCUCCAAUGGAUGGACGACGUCGUACUAAUACUGGCACGAUUGAAGGAUGUCAAAUUUCAAUUGGAGCCGAACAACACAUUCUUCAUACACUCCCAAUUCUCUAUUACUCGACAAAAGAACACGAUUCUUGUCAAAGUGAAUGUGUUAUUUGCUUGGGAGAGUUGGAGGAAGGGGAUUCGGUUCGGUUAUUGCCUGAUUGUGGACACGUGUUUCAUGUUACAUGCGUUGAUGGUUGGUUCUCGGCACAUACGAGUUGUCCCGUUUGCCGAUCACCCGUGGUUUCACCAAUUCCUUCUGUGCUACCUUCGUUUGGCGAAAUAGGAGAGGUUCAAGGUAGUGAUUGUGAUGGUGAGGGUAGUGCGACAUCUUCUUCUGCGGGGGUAAAAUCAGACGGUCACGAUGUGUCGAUCAUGUUGACGGAUAUAGAAGGAGUUCCGCGUCGUUUUACGGUGUUGAAGCGGUCGUUUUCGAUGGAUCAAUCACUUGUUAUUAUGAAGUAUUUACAAAGAGAGAAGGAAAAUUCAUGGAUUGAUCCGGAAAGUGAUGUUAGUCACGAGAGCAGAUCGUUGAGGAUGCAAUCCAUGAGGCAGUUGGAUCGGAUGUCUUCAAGGUUAUUUAGGUCAUUCUCCUCUCAGUUGCGGGUGGGUCCAGCUAGCACGGCCAAUGGAAUUUUUCCAUACUAA